CCAAAACAUAUUGUUUAUCUACAAAGGCUCUAUGACCUUACUUGGAAAAGUCCAGGAUGUCCAAGCAGUCAGCACAACAAUUUUAAGAAUACACUGUCAAAAGAAAAGCGUUUUGGUUGUAUAUGAUAAGAGCUAGAGCACAGUUACAGGAAGUGUGCUGUUUGAACCUUGCUCAUCGCUGGCCCUGAAGUGAAACACGCUGCUGUUGUUCUUAGACUAGCACUAUGGCUAACCAGCUGUUUGUCAUUCUGCUGUUUGCUUUUUUGCCAAGACUCCAGGAGGCAGAAAUAAAUGUAUUCUUAGAAGACAAAACUGCCAACAGAUUUCUGAGCAGAACUAGGCGUGCCAAUUCAGCAUUUGAGGAGUUCAAGAAAGGAAAUAUUGAAAGAGAGUGUUAUGAGGAGAGAUGCUCGAAAGAAGAAGCCAGAGAGGCCUUUGAAGAUCAAGCGCUAACAGAGGCAUUCUGGAAUAAAUAUUUCGACGGUGACCAAUGUGAGCCUAACCCUUGCCAUUAUGGUGGAACAUGCAAAGAUGGAAUUGGUAAAUACACCUGCUCGUGUUUAGAUGGUUAUCACGGCCAAAACUGUGAAUCGGUCAUCCAAAAGUAUUGCAAACUCAACAAUGGUGGCUGUCACCACUUUUGCACCCUCGUAGAAAACACUGUUGUGUGCUCUUGUGCUGAUGGAUAUAUUCUGGCGGAAGAUGGAACAUCCUGUGUUGCUACAGGAAGUUUUCCCUGUGGUCAAAUUACAGUGAAAAAGGAAGCAUCAAAGAAAAAGAGGGAAGCAAGUUCAAUGUAUAGUUUCCAAGACUAUGUUGAAACAGAGUUGACUUAUGAUGAUUCAUUGAGUGACCAGAAUUUCACCAGUGACCAGAAUUCCACCACUCAAAGCUCUUCCCUACACUCCCAGGGUGAAGUCUUGCUCAACGCUGCACAGAACAACUCUAAUUCAAAAACUGAGAUUGACCCUGGUAUGAGAGUGGUUGGCGGCCAUGACUGUAAGCCAGGUGAAUGUCCAUGGCAGGCACUUUUAAUAAAUGAAGGUGGUGACGGGUUUUGCGGAGGAACAGUACUGAACCAGUUUUAUGUGCUUACUGCAGCUCAUUGUAUAAACCAAACAAAAUCAAUUCGAGUUAUUUUAGGGGAAGUGGACACAGCAGCAAGUGAAAGAACUGGAAGUAUGUUCGCUGUAGAAAAAAUAUUUGUGCAUCACAGAUUUGUGCUGAAAACAUAUGACUAUGAUAUAGCCCUGAUUAAGCUGAAGAGACCUAUCCAGUUCUCUGAAAAUGUUACGGCUGCAUGCCUUCCCACUCCGGACUUUGCAAAUCAAAUCCUAAUGGCUCAAGAAUCAGGCACUGUUAGCGGUUUUGGGCGCAUCCAUGAAAAAGGUCGGCAGCCCACCAAGCUUCAAGUUGUUAAUCUCCCCUAUGUUGACAGGAAUACCUGCAAGCUGUCAAGCAAUUUUGCUAUCACUGAAAAUAUGUUCUGUGCUGGCUAUGAUGCAAUUGCACAAGAUGCUUGUCAGGGUGACAGUGGAGGCCCUCAUGUAACUGCAUACAGGGGCACUUAUUUUGUUACUGGUAUUGUCAGUUGGGGAGAAGGGUGUGCAAGAAAAGGAAAAUAUGGAGUUUAUACAAAAGUGUCAAAAUUCAUAUUUUGGAUAAAGAAAAUCAUGGCUCGUACCAUGCAAAACAAUGUUUAAUGAACAGGACAGCUGUUACCGAUUUGGUGGAUUUAGGGGAAUUGAGCAGUGAAUUCUGUUUAGAACUACCAAACUAUUUCCAAGGCUUCCUUUUAAAACCACUGCCAUUGGCGUGUUUUUCACAUAGCUUGCUUCUUCCCUUGCUGUAGCGGAUCUCCCACAUGUUUAUACCAGGGUUUUUUGAAAAUUUAUUUAUUUAAAUUCUUACAUCUUUUCCACGUUUUAAUUGCUUCCUACUAAACUUCUUAAUGGGAACUUGGCUGAUCCAAAAGUAAGAACAGGGUCACAAUGACACAAUUCCAUUUUCAAAAUGAUUGGAUGCUGAUAGUAUUCAACAGUUAAUGGAUUCAGUAUGCUCUUUUUUUAAAAAAGGAUAUUACAAUAGAACCAAGCAUUUUUAUAUCAGAAAAUAUGUUUGAAAAGUUCAUAAACUUUUCAGAUUAUUCAGUUCAGCUAAAGGUUGUUAAAAAUACCCACGUUUGAAUUAGCACCUGGAUGAACAGCUGCAAAUUUUGAAUUCACUUGUCCAGUGUGUCAGUGUGAUAUUUAUAAUUAAUAUUUCAGUAUUUUUAACCUCUCAAAUAGGAUCCCUAAUUUACAACUUUGUUUCAUGCCAUUGUAAUUAAUUAUAUUAACAUUUCAUGGAAAAAUUAGCCAGUGUUAAACACUAGGGAUAGGCAUGGACAGGCUCAUGAGCCAAAAUUUGACACAAACUUGAGCUGGUGCAGAGCCUUCAAACUGAUAUCCAAGGAAGGUGCCUUUCCAAAAUGUUCACAGGACUUUUGUCUGGUUCAGUUCAGCUGUUCAGGCCAUUGAAACCUAACAGCUAAGCAGUUAUUAGGUUUAAAUGGCUGUGAGCAAUUUCUCUGGUUGGUUUCACUUUCUCCUGCUCCGAAGUGGGCCAGUAAAAUGGCUGUUGGUGAAAUGGCUGCCUUCCAUUUCAUGUAAUGUGUUUAAUGCUGUAGUUAGAUGGUGAGUGUCAUAAAAUUCACCUCCACCCGAUCUGAUAUUUUAAAGGUUAGCUAGGAGACACUGGACUGCAAACUUCAUGUCUCAGAGCACUCAAAGUUACUGUGCUCAUGAUCAACAACUUAUUCUCCUUAACAGUUAAGGUAGUGGGCCUAACUCUUGUCUUCCAAAAUGGUCAGCCAAUGAAAGCAAAGAAGAGUGACCACCAUAUAACCACCACAAAGGUUACACCACUUGGAUGACAGUUUAGGUCAAACUUGGUGAUUAUACAUAUAUAUUUUAUGGCUUAUAUUUUACAAAUAUUUUCCUUGAUUCAAUAUUCUUCUGUUGUUCUGUAUGCAAUAAUAAAACAGUAUUUUAAAGAUUA